CAAUCAGAUUUCAGCUUUAUGUAACAGGAAGCGGUCAUAUAAAAUACAUGAAAACAAAUGAGUUCCACACACAGUAGUUACAAAACGCUUGACUUUGCAGUUUUGACCAACUUCACACCAGCCAUGCUGAAAGCUGUGGGACAAGCUCUGUUCUCAACUGGACUGCAGAAUCCUAAAUACACAGCAGAGGAGAAAAAGGGACAAGACUAUGAGAUUCGCACCUACCAUGCCACUAAUUGGGUUAGCACCUCUCUGAGUGGAAUGCAGUGGGAUGCAGCCAUGAACACUGGCUUCCGCAGACUCUUUAACUACAUUCAAGGCAACAAUCACAACAAGGUGAAAGUGGAGAUGACGGCUCCUGUGACGUGCCGCGUGGAUCCUGGAGCCGGCCCUGCGUGUGAAUCUCAGUUCACUGUAUCCUUCUUCAUCCCAGAGGAGCAUCAGGACAAUCCACCGGAGCCGAGCGACCCGGAGGUGUUUGUGGAGCACAGGAAAGAGUUUACAGCUUAUGUCAGGACAUUCGGUGGUUUUUCCAAUGACAAUAUGAAGCGAGAAGAGCUUCUGAAACUUAUGGAGAGCCUGCAGAGGGACGGCAUCCAGUACGUCGACAAGCCGUUCUACGCAGCCGGGUAUGACAGUCCCUUCAAGCUCACCAACCGUAGGAACGAGGUCUGGGUCCUCAAGAAGGAGCAGGAGUAGGAGGUUUAAAGGUCGUGCAACACUCUGCCCACUACAACUGUCAAAUAGUCCCGUUUUGGACAAAAAAAAAAUUAUAUGAUCAUUUGAUAACACUCAGCACAACUCUUAACAAUGUCCAAAGGGAGAAGAAAAAAAUUGCUAUUAUAGAAGUAUAAUGAAAUUAAAUGAAAGUUUAAAUGUUAUAUAUACAUUAUUCCAUGUCUGAUUGUGUGUUUUACUUUAUUUCCUUUGACUAAAAGUUACUGAAUUAUAGACUCACUUAAAGUCUUGACAAAGAGACCAAACAAAUGAUUACAAGAGCUGAUCAUAAGGUCAUCAUAAACAAAAAAAUCUGGAUACAGUGGGGCAAUACUUCCAGCAGGUGGAGCCAAGUAGUCAGGAAACAUUUCCCUCUUUUGGUGCAUCUUGUCAUGACAAAAACCACAAGUGCCUUUUUUUAAUGAAUGACUUGUUUAGAAUACACUAAUUUACUAACUGUUAUUCAUUCAGUUAUUCUUAAAGGUCAAAAAAUACUUACAAUAUCAACAAUGUGGCAACUCUUAAUGUAUUUUCCCAUAAACACUAAUAUAAAAGGAUUGAAAGGAUGAAAAAAUAAAGGAAAGUUUCAAAUGUUUUUACAUCAGUCUUAAAGCAAUAAUUGUUCACUGAUUGUGGAAACGAACAAAGAGAUUGUUUGAUGAUGGGGGGGAACAAAAUCCACAGCCCUCUAUUGGUGUACACAUGCUCUCUAAAUUGAGCCAAAACUAAUAUGAGGCUUUAACAGUCAGAGUUACUGUAGUUAGGUAUCUUCCAAAUUACACACUUUGUAAAACACAAAAAGGGGCUUUUAAAUUUAAAGAAAUGUAAUUUGGAAGAUACACACUUAAUUACACUUAACUCUGACUUUUAAAGCCUCAAAUUGGUAAAAAACAAAAACAAACUUUCAAUCUAUAUUUCGAUUUACUACCGAGUCAUGCGUCUGUUUGUUUUUUUCAUUUUUCGGAAUGAAAAAAAAAUGACAAAAAGGGAUUUGCAAAAAACAAAAUUGGCCUGUUACUUACAACUUGGUUUUCUCGUUUUCUUUUUAUUUAGACAACAAAAAUUGAAAAAAAACUGCUCCGUUUUUGGUUUCAAACGAAAAAACAAACUAUCAAAACAUACACGGACCAUUUUGUCCAUCCUCACCUAAGAAAGAGAUUGCUUAGCGGCCAGUUUGGAGGAGGAAUGAUUUACAGGGACUAAUAACACUUUCAAUGUACAAAUGGGCAUGCUAGUGUUGUGUGAAGAUAAACUUGAAAAAAAAUGUGAACCUAUCCUUUAACUUUAAAUUGCAAACUCUGACAGCAGGUUUUUCCUCUUGACAGUGUUUAUCUGAUCUCAGACUGAUCUCACUUAACUGUCACUGCUAUCACACUCAUUAUGGUGAGUCAUUGUAAAUCUGGACCAUACCUGCAUCACUUAAGUCUCAGCAAAAAAAGACUUUGCCUGAUAAAUUAAUGUGUAGUUACCUGCCUGUGUGGUUUAAGCUGAAAUCUAUCAACAAAUUUGGUGCUUGAUGAGUGCACGAUGUAAAAAAAGAAUGACACAAGCUAACAAACAUUUUGCUUUUUUAAUCGGAGUUGACUUUGUUUUAUACAUUAAAUCACAUUAAUUAUCAUGUUCAUAGUUCAUGAUGUACAAUAAUUUGUGUGUUUUUAAUCCUGAAGAAGGGAUGCUACAUGGUGAUGGAAUGGUGACAUAAGCACUGCACUAAUGUAUGGAUCAUGGGAGAUAUUACUUCCUUAUAAAUGAUGUUUAAGAAUGUAAAAUGUAUUAUCUCAUCAAUAAUAAAUAUAACUCAGCAUCAAA